AUUUGUUUCUGUCCUGGAGGUGACAGUCAUGUGAAGAGAAGAUUUAGACAAUCAGGGGCCAAUAAACCAUUGGAGACGUGAUGACUGACUGUUUGCUGCCUUCUCUGCUGGAGGCCUGUGUGGUGGUCGGAGCAUCCAGUGAAAAACUUCAGGAAGUCUACCAGGCUUUUAAAAGCGAUAGAAAUGCAGAGUCUCUCCUGUUGGAGCCAGAGAUUCUUCAUGUUCUGGCACCACCGUUUCUUAGCAGGACAGCUGAGAAUGAGGCCUUGAAGUCACGUGGAAAGCGACACCGUUCGUUUCUCAGAAAAAAGAAGGAACACCUUUCUUCAGAACAAGAUGCAUCAUAUGGAAAAGGAGGAAGCCAAGAUGUUAGUGUACCAAAAAAUGUCGAUCUCAUGGCUUUGCCUCAACUCUGUUUUCCUGGAGGUCUGCGUGUCAGUGUGGAGGAGAAAACUGAGCAGUUCCACUUCCUGGUUUUUACUGACGUCUUCGGCAACAAGACCCACGGAGUAGUGAUGCAGUAUUAUCGUCAAAUACUGGAAGGGUCGUCUUAUCAGAAUGGGGGUGGAUCUUCAAAGUUCUCAAAGCUUUAUUCUCCUUUUGGUGUCUGCAUCAUAUCCAAGUAUCCUUACUUUACUGCACUCAAGGAUUGCCUGUCAUGUCUUCUGUUUCAGCUGAGAUCAUGUCGGUUACCAGAUUUGGAAGAAAGGCUGAAAGAAUUUGCCAUCAAGCUGAGCCUUUUACCAAUUCCACCUCCUGGACACCUUCAUCUGAUGUUUCAAUUUAAUCCUUUGACUAUAGUGUUACCUUCCAGAGAGGAUAAAAAUUUUCCAGCUAUCGACUUGGAACUCCACCUGCCCUUCCUUUGCUUCCGACCACAGCAACUACUGCUGGUGCUUUCUUGCCUUCUUCAGGAACAGCGAGUGGUGUUGUUUUCUGCCGACUGGGCAAGACUAACGCUAAUGGCAGAAUGUCUGUUCAUUUUCUUGCAGCCUCUGACAUGGCAGCAUCCUUAUGUUCCUGUGUUAGCCAGAGGAAUGCUGGACUUUCUUAUGGCUCCAACUGCCUUUCUUAUGGGAUGCCAUCUGAGCCAUCUUACUGAAGUUGCUACUGAAACAGAUGAUUUGAUUUUAGUGAAUAUUGAUCAAGGGAAUGUUUCCACUUCUUUAUCUGAUGCUAUUGAUCUUCCAGAAAUUCCUCUGGCUGCUGCAGACUGCUUCAUACAGAGGAGUCAGUCAUUGCAGAUACAUUUUGACCUGGAUCAGUACCACAGUGCAAGCUGCAUGGACAUCAAUGACCAGCGUGCACAAAGAAGGGCGUGGCAACAAAAACUCAAUAAUGAGAUCCAGAGGAUUGCCCUGGAACUGCUGGUCAACGUAUUCAGGGAUGUUAGCAGUCAUCUGAAUUAUGAACAUCGAGUUUUUCACAGUGAGGAGUUCCUGAAAAGCAGAGACCCAGAUGAACAGCUUUUCUACAGAACGGUGUUGGACACACACAUUUUCCACUCCUUCUUGAGGGAUCGCCUCAAUAAAAAAAUGGAUAUGUUUGCACAAAUGGAGCUCAGCACUCGUUCGGAGAUGCAGAAGAUGAUGUCUGCAGUUGAGCUUCAACGUAGACCCACCAUGCAAGAGAUUCUGACAAAGAGAAAGGGUUCUGUUCUCGGACUGAGUAAGAGACUUGGGAUGAGCCUGCCUAAUUUAAGAGGCUACCAAACACUCAGUUUUGACAGAAACUCACUGCUAACCAGGAUCAUGAUGUCUAAUUCAGCUCUGAAAUCACCACCAAAUCCCAUAACGGUUUUUAAACUCCCAGACUUUCCAGUGUCUCUUUCUUUCAUCUCUGUCCAUGCGUACUACAGUGAGCUCAUCCAGUUGCUGGGAAAAGCAAUUUUCUCGGUCCAAAAUGAAAACUCUGCUUUGCUGGCCAGAUUCUACUAUUUACGAGGGUUCAUCAACACAUUGUGCUCAAGGCGACUGGACGCUUUGAGUGAUUUCCAGAAUCUCAACAAAACUGACACCACAAUCUUUCCCACACACUUGGUCUCAUGGCUCGUGGACUCUCUGCAGCAAGACGAGGUGCAGCAAGCCCACAGAAGACCUGAGCUUAAGAGACUUAUUUUCAAGGUAAAAGUAGAUAAUGAGAAGCCGGUUGUCCAGGCAGAAAAUCACAUCAAGAAGUUUGAGCUUCCUCAGAAUCCCUUGGAUCGGGAUGAGUUUGUGCGCUACAUUCAGGAAUGUGGAAUUGUAAAGGAUGCUGCAACGAUACAUCGUUUAUUUGAUGCACUUACUAAUGGACAACAUAAUCAGGUGGAUCCAGAAGUUUUCCGAGUGUUUUACACCUUCUGGAAAGAGACAGAGGCCGAAGCACAAGAUGUAAAUCUCCCUUCUGAAGUCAUCAGCGAACUCGACGACAGUGAAUGUGUGUACAAGUUGUCAUCCUGCGUUAAGACCUCGCACGGUGUUGGAAAAAUAGCCCUCACUCAGAAACGUUUGUUUUUGCUCACUGAGGGACGACCGGGCUUCCUGGAUAUUACAAAAUUCAGAGAUAUACAGGAGGUGAAGAUAGCCACAGCCCCCUUUCUUCUGGUCCGUAUUCCCUCUCUUCGCAUCAGGACAUCCAGCAGGCCAGAGCUCUUUGAGGCCAACCUUAAAAUGGAAACUGAACUCUGGUACCUCAUUAUCACAGAGAUGUGGGCAGGGCGCAAGAUGGCUGACCAAGAUAAGGACCCUCACUACAUGACUCAAGCUCUGACCAAUGUCUUGUUAAUGGAUGCUGUUGUUGGCUGCCUGCACCCUCACAAGUCCAUCUCUGCAGCUUCAAAGCUGGUUUACUUUAAUAAAAUCAUACAUGAAGUUCAUAUGAUGGUUCCUAAAAGUACCUCGGAGACCCUAAAGCACAAAAUCAACCCAUCUCUGGACCUAGCAGAACCUCAGACUGUAUCUGUGCUUCUUUACACACCAGGACAGCUAAGGGGCAAAAAUUCCCAGCGAGUAAUGAACCCAAAGCUGUGGGUGGCUCUGAGUGGGGGCAGAGUGGUUGUGUUUGAUGCAGCCAGCUGGUCAAUGCAGCAGGAUUGCUUACAGAUUGGAGAGGCACAAGUGACCUGCAUGAUGGGUCUAAUCCAGGAUCAGGUGUGGAUGGGUUCCCUGGACUCUGUUAUUUAUAUCAUUGAUACUAACAGCAUGUCCUGCAACAAACAGCUGACUGAACACCGGCAUGAAGUUACUGGCCUCUCUGUUGACACCAAAGAGCAAAACAACAGUCAACUUGCUUAUUCCUGCAGCUGUGAUGGAACUAUCCUGCAGUGGGACUCAACCAGCCUCAAGGUAAAGCGCCAGUUCUACCUCAGCUGUGACCGUCUCUGCUCCAUACGGUUCUAUGAUGGGAUCCUUUGGUGCUGUUGUGGUGACAGCAUUGUGGAACUGAAAAAGAGUGGCACACCACAGAGGAGGAUAGUGCUUCCUGAGGAUCUGCGCAGCAUGCCCAGUUGCUUCAGCUGCUUUGUUGUCAUUCCAGAGCAUGGGCAGGUAUGGACAGGCUGCUCUGACUCGGUGGAAUUGUGUCUCUGGCAGACAAACAACCUGAAACAUCCUCACAAAAGAAUCUCACUGCCAGGCACUUCAGGAGUCACGUGUAUGAUUAGAGUAAAAAGCCAGAUCUGGGUUGGCUGCAGAGGAUGGAGCAGAGUUGGUGGUUUUUGUGAUGGUCAGCUGAGAAGCCUGGUGUUGGUGGUAGACUUGGACAGUUUCACUGUGACGAAGGAGCUUCUAGCCCAUUCAGACAGUAUCCAAACUCUCUGCUCAGCCGAGGAUCGUUAUGUUUUAAGUGGUUCUGCUCGCCGGGAUGGCAAGAUUGCCAUCUGGCAGGUUGAAUAGAGUACAUUUCAACUGGGGGGCGAAACGGCAAUCAAUAAGUAACAAAAGAGGAUAUAGGCACAACAGAUGUCUAUAUAUUCUCGUUUCAAACAGCUUUUAAAGGAAAAAUGUUUUGAUAUUGACGUAAUGAAUGUUAGACAAUUAAAUUUGUACAUUUUAAUGUUUCUGUAUAUUUUAAAUCGGGAAGAACGGCAGUAAAGUAUUAAAAUAAACUU